CCUCUCCUUGUAGAAAUCUUACUGCUUUGUACACAGCUUUUCUUUCUCUCCAAGAGAGAAACACCACAGGAAGAGAAAGGUAACUGAGAAGCUUUGACAGUCUGUACUGCUGUUGCCAGAAGUUUGCCAUCUCUGCUGUCACUAGACUGAAGAGCAGAGCAGUUCUCUGAGCAGCAUAUCUUGAAGAGGUCGGGUCUAAACCCAGGAAGAGGCCUGGGCUUUUAGGUGAGAGCAGAGAUGAGCAACUGACUGCAAUAAAAGAAGCAUCUUACCAUGCUCCUCUCAGCAUUUGGAAAUACUGGGAUGUCUCAUCUAGAAAGUUACAUUCGGCAGGACUGGGGGCUAGUCCACGACAUCCCAAUGGUCUAUGCAUUUUCUUUCAAUUGGGAAAGGAUUGACAACUUCCAGAGCAGGCCUGAGGACAUUUUGAUAGCCACAUACCCCAAGUCUGGCACCACAUGGAUGAGUGAAAUUGUGGACAUGAUUCUGAGCAAUGGUAAUGCUGAAAAAUGCAAGUGUGAUGCAAUCGUCAACAGAGUGCCCAUGCUGGAAUUUGCUGCCCCUGGAGAAAUGCCAGCAGGUACAGAGCAACUGUCCAAGAUGCCAUCUCCUCGCUUGGUGAAGACCCAUAUCCCAGUCCAUCUUCUUCCCAAGUCCUUCUGGGAGAAUGGCUGCAAGGUGAUCUAUGUAGCCCGGAAUGCCAAGGAUGUAGCUGUCUCCUUUUACCACUUUGACCUGAUGAACAAGAUGCAUCCACACCCUGGGAGUUGGGAAGAAUACCUUGAUAAAUACAUGGCGGGCAAAGUUGCUUUUGGUUCCUGGUAUGACCACGUGAAAGGCUGGUGGGAGAAGAGGCAGGACCAUCCCAUUCUCUGCUUGUUCUAUGAGGACAUGAAAGAGGACCCAAAGCGUGAAAUUCGGAAGGUGAUGCAGUUCCUGGGGAAGGACCUGACGGAGGAGGUUCUGGAUAGUAUCGUUCAUCACACAUCCUUUGAAGUGAUGAAGGAAAACCCCAGCACUAAUUACAAGGUGGUCCCAAGUGCCCUGAUGGACCAAGCCAUUUCCCCCUUCAUGCGCAAAGGGAUUGCUGGUGACUGGAAGAAUCACUUUACUGUGGCCCAGAAUGAGAGAUUCAAUGCAGACUAUGAGAGGAAGAUGGCUGGGACCACCCUGCGGUUCCGAACAGAGGUCUGAUGUACCUGGAUGCUCAACGUCAUGAAGCUAAUCCAUGGUUCUCUGGAGUUUCCUGUGGCAGCAGCUUUUUUUUUUCUUUUCCCUCCUUCUUCCUUGAAAAGAUGGGCUGUACACUUGGAAAUGUCUCUGCAGAACAGAGGCUUGGAUCUGAAGCGUUGGGGCAUCUGCACCUGGGUGUAAUAACACUGAGAAGUGGGAAAUUGUUCUGAGUGUCUGGGAUUCCUUAUAUGAGCUCUGAAUAGCCAGAAGACUCACUUCCUAAUGACCUCCCAUGAAAACACAUCUGAUUUUGUCCUGUAAGUUUUAAGCACCGCAAUACUAGCCUGGACAGUUUCACCGUGCACUUGGACCCAGAUUCAGAUUUGACAAUAAAGUAACAUAGGCACACAGGGGCUGAUUUAUGGAAUCAGAAUCAUAGUUGGAAGGGAGCUUAUAGGUCAUCUGCUCUAACCCACUGCACAAAUACAAGAAUGCUACUUCUAAAUCAUCCCUGUCCAAUGUGUAUCCAGCCUCCUUCUGAAAACCUCCAAUGAAGAAGAUUCCAUGACUUUCAACCACUACAGUGUGUUCCACCAAAACUGUAAAGCAGUAACUGGAGAACUGCAGUUGAUAGAGAACUUGGUUGGUCCUUUACAGCUUCUUCCACAGGGUAUGUUUACACUGGAAAAAUGAUGAUAGAUUAAUUUAGAAAUACACAUAACAACUAUACUAAAGAUCCAGGAACAUGGGCUUUAACACAUGGCGGCAAUUGGAGCAUGGGCCCCUGGUCUCUGUAGAGUUUGUAUUCUUCAGAAUGGUGAAGCCCCUGCUAAAACAUUUGCAUUGCCACUGUUACCAGUGUUAGUAGAUUAAAUUAGUGUGUGCAAUAACCAGACUUUAAUUUUGCAGUGUAUUCAUGUCCCCAGGCUCCUCCUAUAGAAGCAGGUGAAAAGGAGACAAAAACCUAGAAACCUUGACAGAGGCAUCUAAACCAACAAGGAUGGGAAAAGGAGACUGAAGCUAUUAUUGGGAAGUGAAUCAAGACUCACCCAGAGAACUAAAGCCUCCAGUGAGGUGAAGUCUGUCACUCACUCAACAGAUAUUACAAGGAGGGGAAUGGGAAGGGAGCAAAAACUAAGUGUUUGAGUAGCUUGGUGGCUAGGAGGUGCCGGGGAGAGGAAAUUAAGAACAAUGGGAGGUGGUGGCAUUGUCUGGACAAAUAAAUUCUCUUGACUUGCAAGUUCA